AUGUCAGUGGAGUCAUUUCAAAUAAAAGUACCAGCAUCAUCAGCAAAUAUUGGACCAGGAUUUGAUGUUUUAGGAGUUGGUUUACAAUUAUAUUUAACUAUAAAAGUUACUAUAGACCCAAAACAAACCGAUUGUGAGGAUGCAUAUAAUGCAAAUAUAUCAUAUGAAGGAGAUUUAGCUGAAAAAGUGCCGUUACAAAGUGAUAAAAAUUUAAUUACUCAAACUGCUUUAUAUGUUUUAAGAUGUAAUGGUAUUGAAAAAUUCCCAGUGGGGACAUCAAUUCAUGUCAAUAACCCAAUUCCGUUAGGUAGAGGAUUAGGAUCAAGUGCUAGUGCAAUUGUGGGUGGAGUAUAUUUAGGAAAUUUGAUUGGAAAAUUAAAUUUUGAUAAAAAUAGAAUGUUAGAUUAUUGUUUAAUGAUUGAAAGACACCCUGAUAAUAUAGCGGCUGCAAUGCUUGGAGGAUUUAUAGGAUCAUACUUGAAUGAGUUAGAGGGAGCAGAAUAUGACGCGGUUAAUGAACCGAUAGACUAUGUAUUACCAACAUCAACAACACCAAAAGAUAAAAUUAUUACAACACCACCACCAAAUCAUAUCGGAGAAUAUUUACAAUACAAUUGGAAUAAAAAAAUAAAAUGUGUAGCAAUAAUUCCUAAUUUUGAAGUUAGUACAGAUAAAUCAAGAUCAAUACUACCUCAAUCAUAUGAAAGAAAAGAUAUAAUAUAUAAUUUACAAAGAAUUGCCAUAUUAACACAAGCUUUAACUCAAGAUCCUCCAAAUCAUAAAUUAAUUUAUCAAUCAAUGAAAGAUAAAAUUCAUCAACCUUAUAGAACUGUUUUAAUACCUGGUUUAGAUUUAGUAUUAUCAAAAGUUGUACCUUCGAAACAUCCGGGGUUAUGUGGUAUUUGCCUUAGUGGAGCUGGCCCUACCAUUCUAUGUUUAGCUACUGAAGGAUUCGAAGAAAUUGCAUUAGAUGUUAUAGAGAUUUUUAAAAGUGAAGGUAUUAAAUGUGAUUGGAAAAUUUUGGAUUUGGCGUAUGAUGGUGCCACUGUAGAAUAUUUGUAA